AUGCAGAUGAAGUCGUUCUACGCCCUCAAGACGAUGGCCGUGCCGGCCAGGUACGGUCUGUCGAAGAACAUACAGGACCUGCUCAUAGCCCUCGAUGACCACCACAGCGGCUCUAUCGACGCCGAAGAGAUUGGCAGACUCGUGCGGCUGAGUCCAAAACGCAGAGCGGCCAUCGCCAAUACUAUUACAAAAUGCGCCAACAUCAUCAAGAAUCAACCUAGCGAGAUUCCUACGUGUUGCGAUGUCAUUGAGAUGUGUACAGAGCUGCUGGAAAUUGCAGACAGGAAAUCUCCUGCUGCUGGGUUCCCCUUUUUUCGGUUGCCAGUGGAGAUACGAGAGCGAAUCUUCGCUCUGAUGAUAAAUAAUGUGUUUCACACCAAAUCCAUUUUGCCGGCAAGCAACAAGCCAGGCACCUGCAAGUGUCCUCGUUUCGACCGAGACAACACCUUCCAGACGGCGCAAAUGAAGGACCUUAGACACAUCUUUGGUCCCAACCUAAUAACUCUAGAAUUUUAUCGAGUACUUUUUCGCACAAAGACGUUUCGAUUCCGCUGCCCCUGCGAGCUGCGAUCGCAUUUAAUGAACAACGACAUAUUCUUUGACAACGUGAGGAAGAUUGUGGUUCAGUGGAGCGGCCCCGAGGCGGCAAAGACGUUUCAGCUCUUGAAAAAGGUUCCCAAGCUUAAGAGCCUGGGCAUCGUAAUCUCCAGACUGACAUACAUCCACCUCAACGAGCGAUCGACCUUGAUGAAGUCUUACUUUCCUUUGGCAUACAAGAAUACACGACUAGCAGACGUCCUCGGCUUGGACGAGCUCUUGGAAAUACGUGGGCUUAAUCGUGUUGAAGUCAUGAUUGCGCAUUCCUCGAGAGGUGGUACCCAAUCAAAUGAGAUGGACAGGGCAAACCUCUUUGAUCUUUUGUCUGGCAGGCUGACGCAGCCAAAGGAGUUCAACUAUGAUGCGGAGUUGUAA